AUGGCCGUCAUCAACAUAUCCUCAACCAAUCAGUUCAGCUCACUGCUGAGCUCCUCGCACUUUGUUGUCGCAGACUUCUACGCCGACUGGUGUGGUCCCUGCAAAGCUAUUGCCCCCGUCUACGAAAACCUGGCGUCGCAGCUGUCCCGCCCAAACCAUAUCACAUUCACCAAGAUCAACGGUGACGAACAGACAGAGCUUGCGCAGACAUACAGUGUCCGAGCGUACCCGACUUUCAUCGUCUUCGAGAACGGCCGCAGCAUCAAGACCGUCGCCGGGGCCGACCCUCAGAAACUGACUGAAGUGGUCCGGAGACUUGCAUCAGAAGCAACCAAGUCCGAUGGCGGAUCUGGCGAAGGAAGCGGCGCAACCUGGCUGGGCGCCGAGGUGGCUGCGCGAUACACCGAUGUGACGGACCAGGUUGACACCAAGGGAUUGGAUCUGCUCAACCGGGACAACCAGUUCGGGGAACCGGGUGUGCUGUUCAACACCUCCAAGCCCUCCGCUCUGGCUGGUAAGGGCAAGGGCAAGGCCGAGGGCAGCAGCAGCGGUGCGGACUGGGUCGAGAGCGACACGGACGAGCAGUUGAUGCUUUACAUUCCCUUCCAGUCGAAGCUCAAAGUGCACUCCCUGCAUGUGACCUCCCUCCCUCCUGCCGCUGGCGAGAGCGACGACGACGACGAGCUGCCCAUGCGACCGCGCACCCUAAAGCUCUACACGAAUACUUCGCAUGUACUUGGAUUCGAGCAGGCGGAGGACACGAACCCGGAACAGACGAUUGAGAUCAAGCCGGAGCAGUGGGACGCGAAGACGGGGACUGCGACGGUUGAUCUGCGGUUCGUCAAAUUCCAGAAUGUGACUUCGCUGGUGAUUUUCUUCGUGGAUGGCGAUGGGGAGAGCGAGAAGCUGCGCGUGGACCGCAUUCGCGUUAUUGGUGAUGCGGGCGAGAAGAGGGCCAUGGGGAAGCUGGAGAAGAUUGGCGACGAGCCUGGCGAGUAA